AUGUACACCCACAUGGAGUAUCUUCAAAGAUGCUUUUACAAGUCGACAUCAUGGAAUGAAGACAAUAUAUAUGCCAACGUUACUGCCACGUCGCAGGCGCUUUUGGACUUCUCCAUUCCUAGUGGAGCAAAACUAGAUGUUUCAACCCAAGCAACAGACCAUCUGGCUUCGUCCAUGUCUCUUCUGAACAUGCACACAAUCAACGGCUCUCUCGCUUACCUUUUCUCUUCUACACCAUUGAAGAACACGAUGGGCACACGCGACGUCUCUCUUCAAGAUGCGGUAGCUGGCUUCCGGAUCAUUGAGCCCUUCUUCUCAGGAACUCAUACAAAGACAGACCUGUCCGAUGUAAAUCGAGCCUCUUUGCUCUACGGGCGAAUGUACUUUCCAGGGACAGCUCUUGAAGCGAUGUUGAUCAAAAGGAUUAGUGCCCUGGCACAGCUUCUCGUCAAAUGCAUCAAUAAUCCACACAUUCGAAAAGGCGGCACAAUGAUUGUGUAUCUUCAAGAAAAUACGCCACGCUUUUCUCGCGAGUACAUUUACUCAACAAACGAGGCGCUUUUCGGCUUCCGGUGCUUAUACAACUUUGGUAAACCCACCAAAAUCUCGCCCGCUUUGAUUCCCAAAUUCGACAACUCUGUUGUGUCUGUCGGAGCCGAGUUUUGGUAUGCAGCGCUAGGUAUGAGUCCUGGUCUCUCCACUGCUGUACGCUACUCUACUAGAUCGACAUCUACAGGAAAACCUUUGACCAUGACUUUGGCAUGUAAUCCUAUCUUGGGCCAUAUAUCUUCCACAUACAACGUGAAGACAUCAGUUUCAUCAACUGUGUGUUCUAAAUACGACUUUAAUUGGUUUUCAUAUGCUAGCAACUUGUCGAUUGGUUUUGAGCUUUAUAACUUUUUCAAACCAUCACACGUUUUCAAACAUUACCAUGCCGACCAAAGACGGAAUCCCAGCAUUCAUCAUGACACUUUAGCGCCUGUGGCAGAUCCGUACGUGUUGGGUACGCGACCAACAAAUAAUUCCGUACUGUAUGCUUUUCCAGAGAAACCUCGAAAAAGAGUGGUCAACUCGAUUCAGAACUUGGAUGAUUAUUAUCACAUCAACCCCAGCCGCCUACACAGGAGUCCAGCCUAUGACGUCGAUGAUGACGUGCUGGGGAGGUCUGUGAUGGAAGCAUUUCAGAAUUCUGUCAAUGAAAGUAAUUUCUCAAGCGUUUUGAAAGGUUCAACCAGCUUGAGCGAUCGCAUGGUCAAGUUACUAUGGGUGGGGCGUUAUAAGGAUUUCUUGGUAAGCACAGGAAUUAAAGUAAACUUGAAUCCGUUUACGAAUCUCCCGGAAAUCAACAAGAUAGGUGUCACAUUUUCAUACGCAUGCUAA